AUGCAUCACUUGCCCCAGUUUCUCGUUAUUAAUGGCGAUAGACGGAGAAAGAAGAAGACGCCAAAGAAGCCAAAGCUCGAGCGUAUGAAUGCAAGGAAGAACAUCGAGUACGAGUUUUCCAGGACAUCCACAGAGGAGGCUUCAGUGCGGUCAUCAGCUGUUCGAGGGUUUGAAAGUCCCGAAGAUUUUGGGAUUCCCGUGUCAUCCUGGGAAGCUAGAAAGAUUCGGUCUACUUCCGAUCUUCUUCCCACCUCUCGUUUAAAUCUCGAUACUGAUCAUGGUGCGACUGCGAUUGAAGAAGAGCAACCAGCCGAAAUUAUUGGAAAGGAACGUAAAUCCGAUAUUAUUAGGGUUAGAGUUGGUAACGGAAUUAAAGGUGUCCGGCCUCCAGUUCUUUCUCCCCCGUCUUGUUCUAUUCCGAAAUCCUUAAUACAUCAUCACGAUGCUGGAUCCGAGUGGGAUGUCGUAAGAAGUUUCGCCUCCAUUUCCAUUGAAGCCGGUUCUUCUUCUGAUCAUGUGAAUCAACAACAAGGGUUUAGGCUGUCCGAGGAAGAAAUAGGUGACGUGGAGAAUGUUAGGAUGAGACUUUCGGCAUCGUGUUCUUUUACAACUUCCAAUGAGGAUGAUUCAUCAAGUACUACCACAGAGCCUACAUCCAGUAUAUCACCAAAUGGAUACGGAUCUAACAUAUCUACCAAUGGAAGAUUCAGACACAUAACUAUUACUCACUGGCAGAGGGGUGAGCUUCUGGGGCGUGGCUCAUUUGGAUCAGUCUAUGAAGGCAUUUGCGACGGUGGAUGUUUUAUUGCUGUGAAGGAAGUCUCUUUGCUUGAUCAAGGUGAACAAGGAAGGCAGAGUGUACUCCAACUUGAACAGGAAAUUGCUCUUUUAAGUCAGUUUGAACAUGAGAACAUAGUUCGAUACUAUGGGACAGAUAAGGACGAGGCGAAGCUGUAUAUAUUUCUUGAGCUUGUAACAAAAGGUUCCCUUUUAAGUCUGUAUCAGAGAUACCAUCUUCAGGAUUCUCAAGUUUCCUCCUACACACGCCAGAUCUUACAUGGUCUUAAGUAUCUGCAUGAUCGCAGUGUCCUACACAGGGAUGUGAAGUGUGCAAACAUAUUGGUUGAUGCUAAUGGGUCAGUGAAACUUGCAGAUUUUGGGCUGGCUAAGGCCACUAAGUUCAAUGAUGUCAAGUCUUGCAAGGGAACUGCAUUCUGGAUGGCACCUGAGGUUGUAAAUCAAAAAAAGAAGGGGUAUGGACUUGCAGCAGACAUAUGGAGCCUUGGUUGCACUGUCUUGGAGAUGUUGACACGUCAGAUUCCAUAUUCCCCAAUGGAAUGUAUGGCUGCAUUAUAUAGAAUUGGAAGCGGCCACUUCCUUCCUACAACUACAACUACAAGAUCCUCAAUUAAACCAGAAUCAAGACACAGAUGGGAUGAGAUGAGACGAGAUGAUGUGAUGCAAGCAAGAAUAGGGGAAUGAAGGAGGGAGGCAGUAUUAAUAUUAAUAUUAAUAUUAAUAUUAAUAUUAAUAUUAAUUAAAUAGUGUUGCGUUGGGUUAAUGAUGAAACAAACGUUGCUUCUGCUUCAGUUCUGUUGUGUUCCUAUUUCCUACCAGUGAUGGUGAUGUUGAAGUAUAGUAGCAGCGGCCACAGCUGUUUAGAGAGAGUAAAAUGCUGUUUAGUUUGUUUGUACAUCAAUUCUUUUUGUUUUUGAUGACGACGAAUAGUAGUUGUAGUAGUUUAGUUUGAAUUUGAAAUGUAAGUAAGAUUAUUGUUAUAUUUAAUGGCCAAGCAUAUAAGCAUUUUGCUAUCUAAAUAUUGAAUCCUGUUG